GUUGCCCCUAUUCCUUUUGUUCUCUACUUACAUGCAAUCUUAAUUUUGACAUCUAGUAUUUGAUUACUUUAAAGGUUUUGGAGAAAAAUGAGAUCAGGAAGCAAGUUAGUAAGGUGAAAUUAAUGUUGAGGUUUAUGGAAGAUGGAGAGAUAAGCAUAUCAGCUUAUGACACAGCUUGGGCUGCUCUUGUGAAAAAUGUUGAUGAUGAAAAUAAGCCACAAUUCCCAUCUUCUCUUCAAUGGAUUGCUAAUAAUCAGCUUCCUGAUGGUUCAUGGGGAGAUGAAUUAUUUUUGACCCAUGAUAGAAUUCUCAACACCUUGGCUUGUGUUAUUGCCUUAAGAUCAUGGAACAUGCACCCUAAGAAGUGUGAAAAGGGAAUGAAAUUUUUUGUGGAAAAUCUAUACAAGGUUAAGGAUGAGAAUUUAGAGCACAUGCCAAUAGGGUUUGAAGUUGUUUUCCCUUCUCUUCUCAAUAUAGCUAAAAGUUUGAACAUUCAAGUACCAGAUGAUUCUCCUAUCAUAAAAGAUAUAUUUGCAAUGAGAGACCAAAAACUCAAAAAAAUACCAAGAGAGGUGUUGCACAAGGUGCCCACAACAUUGCUUCAUAGUUUAGAGGGAAUGCAAAAUUUGGAUUGGAAACAACUUCUAAAGCUGCAAUCACAAGAUGGAUCAUUCUUGUUCUCUCCAUCCUCUACAGCUUUUGCUCUUAUGCAAACCAAAGAUGAAAAUGCUCUCAACUACUUAGCCAAAAUUGUUAACAAGUUCAAUGGAGGAGUUCCGAAUGUCUUCCCGGUGGAUUUGUUUGAACACAUGUGGGCUGUCGAUCGGCUAGAACGCCUUGGAGUUUCAAGAUAUUUUCAGCAAGAGAUUGAGAACUGUGUGAAUUAUGUGUCAAGAUAUUGGACUGAGAAGGGUAUUUGCUGGGCAAGAAAUUCAGAGGUUCAAGAUAUAGAUGACACAGCAAUGGGAUUUAGACUGCUAAGGUUGCAUGGCCACCAAGUUUCAGCAGAUGUUUUCAAGCAUUUUGAGAAAAGUGGUCAAUUCUUCUGCUUUCCUGGACAGUUAAACCAAGCUGUGACAGGCAUGUUCAAUCUGUAUAGAGCUUCUCAAGUGCUAUUUAAAGGAGAGAAGAUUCUUGAGGAUGCCAAGAACUUCUCAGCCAAAUUUUUAACUAAGAAACGUGAUGAUAAUGAGCUCUUAGAUAAAUGGAUCAUAACCAAAGAUUUAGCUGGCGAGGUUGGUUAUGCUCUGGAUGUUCCCUGGUAUGCUAGCUUACCCCGGUUGGAGACAAGAUUUUACCUUGAACAUUAUGGUGGCGAAAAUGAUGUUUGGAUUGGCAAGACCCUUUACAGGAUGCCAUAUGUGAACAAUGAUGUUUAUCUUGAGCUUGCAAAAUUGGAUUACAACAACUGUCAAGCAGUGCAUUAUAAAGAAUGGGAAGAAGAAAUUCAAAGGUGGUAUAUGGAAUCAGAACUAGAAGGGUUUGGAUUGAGCAAAAAGAGCCUUCUGUUUGCUUAUUUUGUAGCAGCAGCCAGCAUAUUUGAGCCUGAGAGGUCGCUAGAGCGACUUGCAUGGACUAAAACAGCAGCUUUGCUCCGAACACUGAAGUCACAUUCCAAAGAUGAAGAAACUAGGAGCACAUUUGUAGAUAAGUUCAAUAAAUACAUUACUGGAGGAGACUACUCAAACAGGUGGUUAAACAAGAACCAGAGAGAGGAGAAACUCCUGGGAGUUUUGCUGACAACUCUUAAUCAGCUUGGCCUCCAAAUGUUUAUGCAUCAUGACCAAGAAAAUUCCCGUUAUUUGAAUCAAAUGUGGCAAAGUUGGCUUUCAAGCUGGCAUGAUGAAGGAAACAUAUCUGAAAGAGAAGCAGAACUACUUGUGCAAAUCAUAAAUUUAACUACUGGCUAUUGGUCAGAAGAACUACAGUUCAAUCCUCAGUACCAGAAAUUGCUUGAAGUCACUAACAGAGUCUGUACUAGUCUCCGUAAUUGCCAAAGCAACAAGGCGCAUACUAGCAUCAAUAACCGCCAAAUAGAGUCAGAAAUGCGAGAACUUGUGCAACUGGUGCUUCAAAAUUCUCCAAAUAGCUUGCACUCCAAUAUCAAGAAUUCAUUCCUAAUGGUGGCCAAGAGUUUCUACUAUGAAGCAUACUGUGACUCAGAGACCAUUUACUCUCAUAUUGAUAAAGUUCUCUUUCAAAAAGUUAACUGAAACAACUAGUAGCAAGUAGCAACCAGUAAUGUUUAAAAAAAAGUGUCACGAUUCAUUAUUUCAUUAUGUUGUUUUUCCUUCUAGUCUUAUUAGAUUUAACAUUUAGAUAACCAAGAUGGUAUUUCCAAUGCUUGGUGUCAAAUGAACAAUCAUCUUGUUUAUUAUGUACAUAAGUAUGCAAUAAAACCAAAGGGAAACGACAGGUUUUCAAAUAGUAGGGAUAUGUUUUCAAAAGUAGUGUACUUGGCCGCUUUUAUCACGCUUCAA